CUGUAUUCGUGCCAGCAGAUAAACACCCGGCAGAUAAACAGCGACCAUGUCUUCUCAGGAAUCCUCAACAUUUACAACGUCGGCUUCGUCUGACUUCACCCCGCAAAGCAUCGGGGGAACAGCUGGCCCACAAAGAGGUCGAGGUCGUGGAAGAGGCGGCAGAGCAAGAAGCAGCGGUGGCGCUGGCAGAGGCAGAGGCAGGGGGAGGGGGAGGGGGAGGGGGAGAGCUAAUCGCCCCAGACUCUACGACGACAUGCACCUCCACCACAUCCAAGAAGCCCAGCAGAGGCGAAUCAGAGAAUUGAGGACUAAACUCCAGUCACUGACCACUACCCAGAAGGACAUGGUUCUGGAGACAGUGAUAAACAGGUCCCCAGGGCUGCUGAUGGACGUCAUGGCGUUCUUUGAAGUGCCCCCUGGUCCUGAACCUGACGAUCAGCCCGCAGGUCAGCCCCAGUGGUGUGUGUGUGGACACUGCCGUGAGAUGCCGACACCAGAGGAACUAAUAUGCUGCCGACAGCGACCACAGGACUGCGUAAGCAGAAUGGACUAUAUGGACUGCUAUGUCUUGGACGAGGGUGUGCUACGCUUGGCCAGAGCAGCCUGGAAUGACAUUUUUGCAAUUGAUGACGAGAACCUACCUGGUGUAGAUCAACGUCAGUUCAGGCAUGCGGCAUACAGACAGUAUGUGUUGUGGCAGCAUGGACGCUUGGGUGUGGGGAACAGAGUAGUUAUACCCAGCUGCUGUGUAUGGAGGAUCAGAGAAAAGUUCCCUGACCCCACAGGUCACUACACUGGCUACAGAGUACGGCGUCUACUGUAA